AUGGCAGUGGUGGAGAACAGGGAGGCGUCUGUGGAUGGCAGCGUGCGCACGCUGCUGCUGUCGGUGGAGGACCGCGUGAACUUCCUGGAGGGCAGGAAGGUCCGCCACGUGCAGGAGAACCGGCGCUGGAUCGACGACUACAGGGUGCCCGGCCAGUUUGUGGCUGUGCGCUACUGCGGGCAGGGCAGCAGCAGCACCGACACGGACGAGUGCUCGCAGCUGGUGGUGGCGCGCCGCCUGCUCAGCCUGGCCUCCUCGCCCUACGAGGCGCGCCGCGACUCGGCGCUGCUGGAUGCCAGCCUGGUGGAGCUGCUGGUCAGCCGCACGGGCGACGCCGAUGAGCGGUACCUUGCGGAGCUGGGCCCCGGCUGCAUGAUUGAAGUCAGCCGGGUGGCGGGCGCAGGCUUUGCGUCCCUGUUCAACUCCGAGGCCAGCCUGGUGUCGUGCCUGGAGGCGGGCCACACGCUGGUGCUGGUGGCGGUGGGGGUGCGCGGCAUCGCGCCCGUGCGCGCCGCGCUGUCGUGGACCCCCGUGCUGGCGCACGCGGGCAGCAGCCGGGUGGCGGUCUUCUACGUGGCAGACAGCCAGCCCUCCGCGGCAUACCUGGUGGAGUGGGACACGUGGCGGGAGGCGGGGGCGGUGGUGACCCCUCUGUACCUGUCGGAGGCGGCGGCCAGCGGCGCUGCCAACGGCGCCUCCGUGGGCCCCGAGCAGCUGCUGGAUGCGGCGCUGUUCCGUGGCGAGGGAGGGCUGGCGGGGGUGCUGGGGGCCGGCAAGGCGCAGGAGGCGGCGGUGCUGGUGAGCGGGCUGGAGGGCGAGAUGGCGGCGCACCUGACCCGCAAGUUGGCGCAGCAUGGAGUGCCCAGCGAGAAUGUCAUGUUCUGCGACUAUUGA